UUCUCGCGAGAUUUAUCGGCAGCCAUCUUCUUGGGGGUGCUAGGAGCCGGGAAGACCCCCCGAAUCGUUUCCAUUUAGCUGCCCUUCGUCUUCGCUUUCUUCACUUUUGCCUGUUCUGCGUUGCCAACACCACCUGAUCCCAAGGCUGAGUGAAAGCCCGGAUCUAGGCGCGUGUCGCGCUCCGGGUUCAAGAUUUGCUCGGGUGGAGGGAAGGGGGAGGGCCCGGGCAAACCGUUGCUGCCUCAGUCGGGGUCCGGGGACGGGGAGCUCCUGGCACCCCGUGGAUUCGCGGCCUGCGACGGUACCCGCAGAGCUGUUCGCUGAUCGGGGCUCGCGGGAACCUGCCACCGGCGCCUCCCACCGCGGCCCACGCGGGAGGCGCGCGGAGGAGGGGGCGGGGGCAGCGGCGGCUGUAGCGGCCGCGACCUGGGCGGGCAGAGCAGUGUGACGGGCCUCGGGGCCGCUGUGGAUGGUUUCUAAAAUGAUCAUUGAAAACUUCGAGGCACUCAAGUCCUGGCUCAGCAAGACUCUCGAGCCCAUUUGUGAUGCAGAUCCUUCAGCCCUAGCAAAAUAUGUUCUCGCUUUGGUAAAGAAAGACAAAAGUGAGAAAGAGUUAAAGGCAUUAUGUAUUGAUCAACUGGAUGUAUUUCUUCAAAAAGAGACACAGAUAUUUGUGGAAAAGCUUUUUGAUGCUGUGAAUACAAAGAGUUACCUACCUCCUCCAGAGCAGCCAUCAUCAGGAAGCUUAAAGGUAGAAUUUUUUCAGCACCAAGAAAAAGAUAUUAAAAAAGAAGAGAUCACAAAGGAGGAAGAGCGAGAGAAGAAGUUUUCCAGAAGGCUAAAUCAUAGUCCUCCCCAGUCAAGUUCCCGAUACAGAGAAAAUAGUGAUCAUUAUUUCUUUAGAAGUCGUGAUGAGAGGAAAAAAGAUGAUCGUUCUCGCAAAAGAGAUUAUGAUCGAAACCCUCCUCGAAGAGAUUCAUAUAGAGACCGGUACAAUAGAAGACGAGGCCGAAGUCGCAGUUACAGCAGGAGUCGGAGUCGAAGUUGGAGUAAAGAGAGGCUUCGUGACCGGGAUAGGGAUAGAAGCAGGACUAGAAGCAGAAGCAGAACACGAAGCCGGGAAAGGGAUCUAGUAAAACCUAAAUAUGACCUGGAUAGAACAGAUCCACUAGAAAACAAUUAUACUCCUGUCUCUUCGGUACCAAAUAUUUCAUCUGGUCACUACCCUGUACCUACUUUGAGCAGCACUAUUACAGUAAUUGCUCCUACCCAUCAUGGUAAUAACACUACCGAAAGUUGGUCUGAAUUUCAUGAGGACCAAGUGGACCAUAACUCCUAUGUAAGACCACCAAUGCCAAAGAAAAGGUGUAGAGACUAUGAUGAAAAGGGUUUCUGUAUGAGAGGAGACAUGUGCCCUUUUGACCAUGGAAGUGACCCUGUAGUUGUAGAAGAUGUGAAUCUUCCUGGCAUGCUGCCUUUCCCAGCACAGCCGCCAGUUGUUGAAGGACCACCUCCUCCUGGACUUCCCCCACCUCCACCAAUUCUUACACCUCCACCUGUGAAUCUGAGACCCCCAGUGCCUCCGCCAGGCCCAUUACCACCCAGCCUACCACCUGUCACAGAUGAUAUUUCUUAUUCUUUGGUUUUGACAGGACCACCACCUCCUCUUCCUCCUUUGCAGCCAUCUGGCAUGGAUGCUCCCCCAAACUCUGCAACCAGUUCUGUUCCUACUGUAGUAACAACUGGCAUUCAUCACCAGCCUCCUCCUGCUCCACCCUCUCUUUUUACUGCAGUUUUUGUAUUACCAGAUACAUAUGACACAGAUGGCUACAAUCCUGAAGCCCCAAGCAUAACAAACACUUCCAGACCUAUGUAUAGACAUAGAGUGCACGCACAAAGGCCUAACUUGAUAGGACUAACAUCAGGGGAUAUGGAUUUGCCACCCAGAGAAAAACCUCCUAAUAAAAGCAGUAUGAGGAUAGUAGUGGAUUCAGAAUCAAGGAAAAGAACCAUUGGUUCCGGGGAGCCUGGAGCUCCUACAAAGAAGACCUGGUUUGAUAAGCCAAAUUUUAAUAGAACAAACAGCCCAGGCUUCCAGAAGAAGGUUCAGUUUGGAAAUGAAAACACCAAACUUGAACUUAGAAAAGUUCCUCCAGAAUUAAAUAAUAUCAGCAAACUUAAUGAACAUUUUAGUCGAUUUGGAACCUUGGUUAACUUACAGGUUGCUUAUAAUGGUGAUCCUGAAGGUGCCCUUAUCCAAUUUGCAACAUAUGAAGAAGCAAAGAAAGCUAUAUCAAGUACAGAAGCAGUACUAAACAAUCGCUUUAUUAAGGUUUAUUGGCACAGAGAAGGAAGUACCCAGCAGUUACAAACUACUUCUCCAAAGGUAAUGCAGCCCUUAGUCCAGCAGCCCAUUUUGCCUGUUGUGAAGCAGUCAGUCAAAGAGCGAUUGGGUCCGGUACCUUCAAAUACUAUUGAACCAGCAGAAGCACAGAGUGCCAGUUCAGACCUUCCUCAGAAUGUAACUAAGUUAUCUGUGAAGGACAGGUUGGGUUUUGUAUCAAAGCCAUCUGUUUCAGCAACUGAAAAGGUGUUGUCUACAUCUACUGGCCUAACUAAAACAGUAUAUAAUCCAGCUGCUUUGAAGGCUGCACAGAAAACCUUACUCGUUUCCACCUCUGCAGUUGAUAAUAAUGAAGCACAGAAAAAAAAACAGGAGGCACUGAAACUUCAGCAAGAUGUAAGGAAAAGGAAACAAGAAAUUUUAGAAAAGCACAUUGAAACACAGAAGAUGUUAAUUUCAAAACUGGAGAAAAACAAAUCAAUGAAGUCUGAAGAUAAAGCAGAAAUAAUGAAAACUUUAGAGGUUUUGACAAAAAAUAUUACCAAAUUGAAAGAUGAAGUCAAAGCUGUUUCUCCUGGACGCUGUCUUCCAAAAAGUAUAAAAACCAAGACUCAGAUGCAGAAAGAAUUGCUUGAUACAGAACUGGAUUUAUAUAAGAAGAUGCAAGCUGGAGAAGAAGUCACUGAACUUAGGAGAAAGUAUACAGAAUUACAGCUGGAAGCUGCAAAACGAGGGAUCCUUUCAUCUGGUCGGGGUAGAGGAAUUCACUCAAGAGGUCGAGGUGCAGCUCAUGGCCGAGGCAGGGGUCGAGGUCGAGGUCGAGGUGUGCCUGGUCAUGCUGUGGUGGAUCAUCGUCCCAGGGCAUUGGAGAUUUCUGCGUUUACAGAGAGUGAUAGAGAAGAUCUUCUUCCUCAUUUUGCGCAAUAUGGUGAAAUUGAAGAUUGUCAGAUUGAUGACUCUUCACUUCAUGCAGUAAUUACAUUCAAGACAAGAGCAGAAGCUGAAGCAGCUGCAGUUCAUGGAGCUCGUUUCAAAGGGCAGGAUCUAAAACUGGCAUGGAAUAAACCAAUAACUAAUAUUUCAGCUGUUGAAACAGAAGAAGUUGAACCUGAUGAAGAGGAAUUUCAGGAAGAGUCUUUGGUGGAUGACUCAUUACUUCAAGAUGAUGAUGAAGAAGAAGAGGACAAUGAAUCUCGUUCUUGGAGAAGAUGAUUUGACUGAUCAUUGAUCUGCAUAUGCUAGAACUCUACCUGUGUUUCAUUAGUAUUAUCUAAUGUACUUUUACAUAUUUGUAAAAACAAUUUUUUUGGUAAAAUGUGAUGAAGAUGGAUUUCACAAAUAGAAGAGAAGAAAACUACCUUCUGAUCCUGUAUUUUGAAAGAUUGAUGUUUGCAUUUUAUUUCAGUAAACAAUUGCUAAAGACAUCACACUAGAAACAUAUGCAAUGUUUUUAUUACAUACUUCUACUGAACAUUACGGAAUUCUUUGGGUUCUUUGUAAUUUAAUGAAUAGGUCUAAAACCUUACGACCAAUACUUGUUAUAACUUAGAGGAUUUUGUUUUACUCCAAAUAAGGAAUGAAUUUGCAUUUAAAAUCUUAAUGAAUGUUUUCAAAAAUGAAUAGAUAACAUAGUACUCUAACUAAAGUCUCCAAGUUAUGUAUUCAUAAUAUUACAUAGUAGUAUGCUUAGGCUUUACUAUGUAUUAGCCUUUUGUUGGACUUGUGUAUGUAUUUUACCAUAUGGGUUUUAAUGAUAACGGUGUAUGACUGCUUUGCAUAUGAGUCCUUAUGCAUUCAGAUGUUAAAAAUAAAGUGGAAUGGUCUCUUGAAAAGAAAAGAAAAGAAAAAAAAAUGACAA